GGUUACGAUAUAAAUAACAACAAAACGACAAGCAAUAAUUUUUUGUUAAAAGUGUUAAAAGCUAAAUGCAAUUGAAAUAUCUCCAAACAGUGCUUGAAGCACAGGAUGGUGAGGCGAAAAUUAUGGGCUUGUGUUGGGCCCCCAAUAACCAGAAAUUGGCGGUGGCGACGUCUGAUAGACAGAUUUUGCUUUUUGACGCUAAAGGGGAGAAAAGGGAUCGUUUUUCGACAAAACCGGGGAAUCCCGAGGCUGGGAAAAAGUCGUAUGUUGUGAAAGGGAUUGCUUUUAGUCCUGAUUCGACUAAAUUAGCGGUGGCUCAAAGUGAUUGUAUUGUCUAUGUUUAUAAGUUGGGGGAGAAAUGGGGCGAGAAAAAGGCGAUUUGCAACAAAUUUCCCCAACCUUCGCCUGUAAUUUGCAUUCUUUGGCUCGCAACAGGGCCAAUUAUUUGCGGAUUGGCUGAUGGUAAAGUUCGUGCACUUCAAACGAAAACAAAUAAAUCGCAAAGUCUUUUCGCAUCUGAUAGUUUAGUCGUGUCACUAUGUUCGAAUGCCAAAGGCACUGGUUUUCUUUCGGGUCAUGUUGAUGGUAACGUAAUUCGAUUUUAUGUCACAAGUGACUAUGGAGAGGAUGAGGCUCAAGGUCGUGUUAUCCUUUAUUCGGUGCCUCCUUGUGCUUUAGCAUGGGCACAAGGACAUAUUUUUGUGGCUGGAUGUGAGAAACGAGUCUCGGUUUAUAAUAAUAAUGGAAAGUUGGUGAAAAAUUUCGAUUAUAGUAAAGAUGAGAGUGAGCAUGAGUUUACAGUGGCGACUUGUAGUCCAAGUGGACAGGCCGUUGUUAUGGGUAGUUUCAAUCGCUUGAGACUGUACAUUUGGAAUACACGCCGAAAUAUCUGGGAGGAAACUCCAUCCAAAGAAAUAAAAAAUUUAUAUUCUGUUAGUGCAUUGGCUUGGAAAAAAGAUGGUUCAAGAAUGACUUGUGGUGGCUUAUGUGGUGUUGUAAUGCUAUUUGAAUCGGUUUUAAAACGAACAGUUUGGAAAGAUAAAUUUGAAAUAACAUACGUUGGUCCAAGCCAAGUCCUUAUAAAACCACUCGAAAGCAUCAAAAGCAACGAAAACGGAAUUAUAAUAAAAUCACAACACGGUGGUGAAAUCGAAGAUGUGAAAAUAAUGGGCAAGGAUUUUUAUCUCGUUGCUCGAACUGAUGAAACUUUAUUAGUGGCCGAUUUACAAAGAAAUUUAUUAAGUGAAGUUCCUUGGAAUAAUUCAGGACGACAUGAAAAAUUCUACUUUGAUUAUGCGAGCGUUUGUUUGGUUUUUAACGCUGGUGAAUUAACACUCAUUGAAUAUGGAGAUGAUCAAGUUUUGUGUUCGGUGCGAACCGAAUUUGCAAAUCCGCAUUUAAUUAGUGUACGUUUAAACGAACGCAUUUCAACAAGUGAUAAUAAAAAAUUAGCUUAUUUGUUGGAUUUGAAGACGAUUUGUAUCGUUGAUUUAUUGAAUGGGGUGUUAAUAAUGCAAGUGACGCACGAUUCGAAAAUUGAUUGGUUAGAGUUGAAUGAAACCGGACAUAAAUUGUUGUUUCGGGAUAAGAAACAGAGAUUAAUUUUAGUCGAUACAACUACUCAAAACAAGCAGUGUAUUUUUACGGGUGUUAGUUUUGUUCAAUGGGUUGAAGGUAGUGAUGUAGCUGUGGCUCAAGCCAAUACGAGUUUAGCUAUUUGGUAUAAUAUUGAAAUGCCUGAAAAUCCCACAAUAAUGAGUGUUAAGGGUGAUGUUACCGAUGUUGUGAGGAAUAAUGGUAAAACCGAAGCGGUUUGUAUUGAUGGGAAUAAUGUUUAUAAUUUGGAAUUGGAUGAAGGACUUGUCGAGUUUGGUACAGCAAUCCACGAUAAUGACUAUGCAAGAGCCGUUCUUUUCCUCGAAUCAAUGGGUAAUUCCCCGGAAGCUUCAGCAAUGUGGCACAACUUGUCAACAAUUGCCUUAAAAGAACACAAUUUACAAUUAGCCGAACGUUGUAAUGCAGCUUUAGGUAAUGUAGCAACUGCACAUUUCCUACGUGAAACGAUUGAAAAAUCAACAAAUGAAGAAGAAAGUCCGGAAAUUUGGGCACGUUUAUCAAUCUUAAACGGUGAUUUAACAACAGCCGAAAAUAUUUUUUUGGAACAAGGUGAUAUUGAAAAUGCUUUAAAUAUGUACAAAAAAUUACACAAGUGGGAUGAAGCUUUACGUUUAGCUGAACAACGUGGUUAUGAUAAGUUGAAACAAUUACAAGAUGAACAUAUGUCUGUUCUUUUGCAAAGUGGGCAAUUUGAAAAGGUUGGACAAGUUCUAGAGAAGGAAAAUAAGUUUGAACAAGCUUUAAAUAUGUAUAUUAAGUCAGGGAAAUUAUUACGAGUACCGUCACUAGUAUUAAAAAAUGAAGUGCUUUUGAAAGAUCAUGCCUUAAUAGCCACGGUUUUGAAAAAUUUGGUUAAACAUGAAAUGUUUGAAGCUGCAGCUGAAAUUUACGAAAGAUUGGACAAAAUUGAUCUUGCAAUGGAAUGUUACCGUAAAGGAAAAGUUUGGAAUAAAGCUGUGGAUUUAGCUCGUGAGGUAAGUCCAGACAAAGUUGUUGAUUUGGAGGAAGAAUGGGGCGAUAGUUUGGUCGAAAGUAAACAAUUAGAUGCUGCCAUAAGUCACUUUAUUGAAGCUGGACGCACUUUGAAGGCUUUAGAUACGGCAGUUUUAGCCAAACAAUGGAAAAAAGCCGUUCAUAUAAUUCGAGUAAUUGAUGAUCAAGAGUCGGUGAAAAAAUAUUACGAUACUAUUGCUGGUUAUUUUGCAAAAAAUCGUGAUUUUGCAACAGCUGAGAAACUUUAUGUUUCGUCUGGAAUGUAUAAAGAGGCGGUUGAUAUGUAUAAUGAGGCCGGACAUUGGGAGAAAGCACAUAAUUUAGCAUCACAAUAUCUGGAACCGGAUGAAGUUGCCGAUAUGUAUAUCAAAAAAGCGGCCCAACUUGAGGAAAAUGGUAAAUUUCGCGACGCUGAACGUUUGUACAUUUCGGUAAAUUCCCCGGAUUUGGCAAUCGCAAUGUAUAAAAAAGUCGAACAAUACGAUAACAUGGUCCGACUUGUGGAAAAAUACCACCCUGAUUUACUACAAACAACCCAUUUGCAUUUGGGUCAACAAUUGGAAAGUCAGGGGAAAUACCGAGCUGCUGAGAUUCACUAUUUGGCUGUGAGCGAAUGGAAAGCUGCAAUGAAUAUGUAUCGAAGUUUGGGUUUAUGGGAGGAAGCGUAUCGAGUGGCUAAACAAAAUGGCGGAUCAAUGGCGGCAAGUCAAGUUGCAUUUUUAUGGGCGAGGACUUUACCGAUUGAUUCGGCCAUUAAAUUGUUGAAUAAGUAUGGAAUUUUGGAUGCUUGUGUUAAUUACGCGUGUGAAACGUAUCAGUUUGAUUUUGCGUUUCAAUUGUGUAAGAAUUUGCCUAGUAAGGUCACUGAAGUCCAUUACAAAUACGCAAUGGCACUAGAAGAUGACGGAAAAUUCAAUCAAGCCGAAUCAGAAUUUAUCUUAGCCGAAAAACCAAAAGAAGCAGUUUUAAUGUACAUUCAUUCAAAAAAUUGGAUCAAUGCUCUACGUAUUGCUGAAACUUACGAACCUGCUUCAGUUCCUGAAGUUUUACAAGCACAAGCGGCUCAAUGUUUCCACGAUAAACAAUUUCAGGAGUUUGAAGUGUUGUUAUUACGAGCACAAAUGCCCGAAUUAAUCGUACAAAAAUAUAAAAGUGCAGAUAUGUGGGUUGAUGCCUUACGAGUGUGUAAAGAUUAUCUCCCACAUCUUUACCCAACUUUACAAUCUGAAUAUAGCAAUUCACAUCAUAAUAAAAUGUCUGAUGUUAAUAUUGAGACACUUUUAUCCAAAGCAAAUGAAUGGGCCUUAGCUGGACAACACAAACAAGCAAUUGAUUGCCUUUUACAAGUCAAUACAACUAUUACUGAACCUUCAAUAGUUAAAAGGGCACUUUUGAGGGCUGCCGAUAUGGUUAAUAAGUUUUUGUUUGGUCCGGAAGCACUUGAUAUAAUUAAGGUUUUGUCACCACGUUUGAGCGAAAUUGGGGAACAUGGUGUAGCUGCACAACUUUAUAUUAGUAUGGAUAUGAUGAAGGAAGCUAUUGAUACUCUGAUUGUUGCCGAAGAGUGGAAUAAGGCGAGAAAAGUUGCAAAAGAAUUGGAUCCGGCUUAUGAGAGUUAUGUGGAAAGUAAAUACAAGGAUCGGUUAUUGAAGAAGGGAGAUGUGGAACAACUUGCUGAUGUUGACAUAAUCGGCGCCUUAGAUUUGCUUGCCGAACAAGGCCAAUGGGCCCGAUGUAUUGAAAAAGCCAAAACACACAGCGCCCCCAUAUUACACAAAUAUGUAGCUUUAUAUGCUGCAAAAUUACUCAAAGAUGGUUUCGUAAAAGAAGCUUUAAAUCUUUAUUCAACACAUGGAGCUCCAGCAAUGCCACAAAAUUUCAACAUUUAUAACCACAUUGCUUCGGAAAUGUUUGCUUUAUCGGAUAUUUCAGGACCUGGAAGUUUUGCCGUUUGGGAACAACUCAGACAAAUGCUAUUUGAAAUAAAUGAAGGUUUAGCUGCUAAUACCAACAUGGAAACAAAGCUUCAUUUUAGAAAUUUGUUACUAAUUAGUCACUAUUAUGCACUUCGUACAGCUUGUAGACAAGUACCAUCAUUAAAACCAAUCGGUGUUAAAAUAAGUACCGCAUUAUUACGUUACACUGAUAUAAUACCGGCUGAUAAAGCAUUUUACGAAGCAGGAAAAGACUUGAAAGAGGAAGGUCGAUUGUCGGAAGCUUUCGUUUUUUUGAAUCAUUAUUUAGAUUUGUGUGAAGCGAUCGAAGAAGGUGAAGGACAACUUGUGGAUCAUUCAGAUUUAGUUCAAACUGAUUUUCCAUCAAAUAUUCCACUUCCUGGACGUUUGUAUCUAAGUGAAGACCCACGAGAGCAUGAUAAUGUACGUGAAUGGGUGCUGACAGUGAGCAUGGACCAAAGAAUUGAACAGACGUUGCCUUUGGACGACAGACAGUUAUACGAGAGUUGUUUACAACCAGGGGAACAACCGUGUGUUGUUUCCGGAUAUCCAGUCCGGAAACAAAUUGUAACCUUUGCCAAGUCGAAUUUUCAGGCAAAUAAAGACGUUUGGUCGAAACUGAAUAUGGGUGCGAAAAUGUCGCCCGAGUCAAAUGUUUCGAAUGUUUUGUCGUUUAUUAACAAGUGGUGUGGGACAAGUCAAUAA